AUGCCUGAAUCUCGACGCGUUCCGCAACGGAAUACUACAGUGGGGUGCCAAAAGUCUGCUCGAAUCCAUUACCGAGCAACGUACCAGCAGCUUAUGAAGGACUGGCAUGGGCAGAUCAGCAUACGUACCUUCAAACGCGUCCUUCGAGGCGGCGGCUCCCGCAAAUGGAGGGCCAUGAAAAGGCCGUUUAUUUCAGAGCAAGCAGCACGAAUAAGACUUGCUUUUGCCCGUGAGUGGCACUCAAAAGUCGAGGAGUUGAUGCAGGCCAACAUCUCUAUCAUGGUAUGGGGCAUGGUAUGGGCAGAGGGCCGGAGUGACCUGGUCUUCCUUAUCCAAGACAGCACUUCUAGAAGACAGGGUUACAGCUCAAACAGCUAUAUAUCCUGUCUAGAAGAGGGUAAUUUACCUUAUUCUGAUGAUACAAGGCAUUUCAUGCAGGAUAACGCCUCUAUUCACAAUGCAGCAAAGACACCUCCUUGCUCACCUGAUCUGAACCCAAUUGAGCACGUCUGGAAGCUUAUGAAGGAUAACCUGCGAAGGCUAUACCCAGAACCAUUCAAUUAUGGGAGAAAUGAGUUAGAUACCAGUAAAUUCAAGGAGCAAUUAACUGCAGCGUGGGAAGCCUUCCCCCAGGAGUCAAUUCGGAGCCUUAUUCAGUCAUUGCCGCGCCGCCUUGAGGCUGUUAUUCGGGCACAGGGCUGGUAUACAUGA